GCGGGGCAUGAGUUGAUAUUUGCGCGGGAAGCUGUGUGGGUGUGCGCGGAUUUAGAGCAGCGCUGAGAUGAUGAAUGAAGACAUGAUGGAAGGCGCUAAUCAGCAGCUCAGUGAGGACAGCUUCACUGAUGUGCAUAUAGAAGUGCAUGUCAAGUCUGAAAGCACAGUGAGACGAGCUGAGGUGAGGACUCAUAUUCUGCCUCUGCUGGACCGACACAGCCUGGUGACCGGGUCCUACAAGUGGACGGAGUUUGAUGACGAAUUCCUGAGGAAAAAUGUUGAGUCGAUUGCUGUGGUGGACAUGGAUGUACUCUCGAAAAUUGAUCUGAGGACGACUAAUCUAUGCAUUCACAUCUUCUCUCUGAGCGAUGACGGACCCAGUACACUCAACCUGGAGGAAGACGAGGAGCUCUCCGCAGCCAAUCACUGGCUUCUCCCAGCAGCCGAGCUUCACGGUAUUUGGGAAAGCUUGAUUUAUGAAGAAGAUAUCAAAACACAACUCUUGAAUUAUGUCUCAACAGCGAUUUUCUUUUCUGACAAAAACGUUGACAGCAAUCUCAUUACGUGGAAUCGGGUUGUGUUGCUUUAUGGUCCUCCAGGCACGGGAAAGACGUCCUUAUGUAAAGCACUUGCUCAGAAACUCUCGAUCAGGAUGUGCGGAAGAUACGCGUACGGACAGUUCGUGGAAAUCAACAGCCACAGUCUGUUUUCAAAGUGGUUCUCAGAGAGCGGUAAACUCGUCACGAAGAUGUUCCAGAAGAUUCAGGAACUGAUCGAUGAUAAAGAGGCUCUUGUCUUUGUGCUUAUUGAUGAGGUAGAGAGUCUGACGGCAGCGAGAAACGCCGCUCAGGCUGGAACUGAGCCUUCAGACGCUGUCCGGGUCGUCAACUCCGUCCUCACUCAACUGGACCAACUGAAACGAUAUCCGAAUGUCGUGAUUCUCACUACCUCCAACGUGACGGAAAAGAUCGACUCAGCCUUUUUGGACAGAGCAGACAUAAGGAUGUAUAUCGGCCCUCCGGGUGCAAACGCCAUCUACAAGAUAUACCUGUCCUGUCUGGAGGAGCUCAUGAAGAAACAGGUAAUUUACCCGAGGCAGCAGCUGCUGAGCCUGGAAGAGCUGGACACCAUGGGUUACAUCAAGAGCAAAGUGACGGAGCUCAGCCUGAAAUUGCACAAUAUCGCACAGAAGAGCGCAGGGCUGAGUGGACGGACUCUGAGGAAAAUCCCUUUUCUGGCUCAUUCUCUUUAUGCAAAGAUGUCUGUGGUGACUGUGGAAACAUUUCUGGUCUCAAUGGAAAAAGCUGUCCUUCAGCAACAAAAGGAAAGGGAGCAUCUGAAUGGCCCUGAGAGGAGCUGCUGACCAGGUCCUCGACCCGCGUCGAGUUCGGUUUUGUUUUAUUCUGGAGGAGUUUGGGUUGCACUUUUUUUAAAAAAAAAAAAGCGGUUCUGUGUAUGUUCUAUUUAAUGUUAUUAAAAAAUAAACUAAAACACUAAAACUAGA